AGAGUUGCACCCUUACCCCUCCCUUGCGUAUUCAUCGCAAGUUGAUCUGCACCUAUGGUAAUCGUAAUGUUUAUUAGUCUGUGGCUUUUUCCUUCGCGCAAGUUGUAGGUUAAUACAAGCCCGGACACCGACUUUGAUCUCGAUUUUUGCAGCUUGUGUCUCUACCCCUUUCGCGUGAGUGGGACAUCCUCGGCCUUAUAUUUUUCAGCAUUUUUAUCUACCUCUUGUAAACCACCACACGUAUCAAUAUCAUCCCGAAUUAAGACAGAUCAUAAUGAAGUCUCUGAGCGGCGCGACGCCGUUUCCAAGUUUAUUUUCCGCCGACGGCAGCAGGAGUGUGCCGGACGGCUCAGCUUCUAGUCCGCAACAGGUCGUUCUUGCGCACGAGGAAGACAUUCAAGUCUAUGACGGGAGCCGCAGCUACAACGAGCCUUCUGCUGGGAGCGGCCUGGCGCACCGGACUGCAGCCUCGGCCUCGACCACCGGAAAGACGAAGUUUGUCACAGCAGGGAGCGCUGAUGUGACCGCAGCUCCAUCCUCUGGGAGUUUGACCGGCAGGGCAGGCCCGUCGAGUUACAACCGCAACAACGCAACCGGACCGAACACGAUUAACCCAGACUUGCACAAGAAAGACCUCGUUGUCCUCGCAGUGGACCAAGACCUCGAUCUUGUGCAGCGCAGUGUGAUCAACAACACGAAUAACAAGCCCGAGAUACCGUCUCGUGCGCCGCUCCAUGCGGCGUCGAUGGUGUCGAGUCCUACAGCCUCGGACGUGGCGAGCUCCCCUGCUAUUAGCGUCGCGUCCUCGGAGUUACUCAACUGCUCACUAACCCUCGACGGGGCUUUUCGCCGCCAGAUCAUAUCAGAGCAGGAACAGAAUCUUAGUAGCCAACUGCCACCAGGUCGACGAAUGUAUGGCGGAGGUCCUCCAGGCUCAACUACAAUCGCCGGAACAAAUUUGAUCGCCUCUGGUGUAGCUGACCACCAGCAUCACUACAACCUGAGCGCAGGAUCGUCUUCGGUCGGCAGCGGAAUGAAUUUUGUCGCAACAAACGCAGGGGCAGGCGCUAGCCCAAAAGUUUUCCGCUCGGUCGCGCUCCCGGUCGUGUCCGAGACGGAUCCGACAAUGCUGACUCGACGACCAGUUUCUUCCAGCAGCGGGCUCACGACUAGUAUCCCGAAGAAGGUGCUCUACCACGCCUACAAACACAAACAGAAGCUGCAGCGCGAAGGCGCCACGUUCCACCAACAGCACAGCACCCCCAGCUCGCCAGAAAUAGCACAGCAUGGCGUAACAUUACCAGCCGGAGCGAUGGCGCAGCAACACUCUACGAGUAGUUUCGGAGGGCCGCAUGCAGUCACAACGUUCGACCCCAGCCGGCAGUAUCCGUCCAGAACUGGUGCCGGGGCGUACACACUGGUACCCGCCAGUUCUGCCUCAAUCACCCACGCGGACUAUUUCAGCACGGAAAUAAGCACGGCCGCGCCAUCGUAUGAACCGCACCGGGACGUUGACGUUGCGGGUGUUUUUUCCCCCAAUGAGUACCGGAAGCGGCAACAGAUUCUACAAGUCUUGCAGCGCCACAUGGACACCGUGCCGCCGGAACUGAUAUCUGAUCUUGUGCGGUUGACAUAGAAGUACCUAAAUCGGAAGACGUUUUAAAAACUCACACACUGGUUGCGUACUGUUUUGCACGGCUCUAGUCGUGGCGAGUCUCAGACGUAGGGUAGUUCUCGACACUCGACGACACAGAAACAUUCCAGCCCUUUUGUGUAGUGCACCAUUUUGUGGAGCUCGAAGCGAGCAUAGGUAGUUGUAAGAUGAAUGCACAGUGUCAGUGUAAAGCAUGAUGCUUUACGAAGGGGCUUUCGGUGACCCUAGUGCGCAGGCGUGGAUCGACUCCAUAUGAAACCCAGAUGCGAGAAUGAGAAACAACGUAAUUGGCUUCAUUUCAGCAUUUUCAUAUUUGUGUGACUGAUCGAUUGAAGUAGAU